AUGUCUACGUCAGGACGUCCCAACAAGGUGCGGCUGGUGCUCCUCGGAGCAGCGGGGGUCGGCAAGAGCGCGCUCAUCCGCCGCUUCCUCCACAACCGCUUCGAGCACGAGUACCUGCGCACGGUGGAGGAGCUGCACGUGCUGGAGUACGACACCGCGGACUCCGCUACGACGCGGCUGGAGAUCCUGGACACCAGCGGCAGCUACUCCUUCCCGGCCAUGCGGGAGCUCUGCAUCCGACACAGCGACGCCUUCGCCCUGGUUUACGCGGUGGACGACCCGGGCUCCUUCCAGGAGGUGCGCCGGCUCCGCGACGAGAUCCUGGAGCUGCGGGGCGGCAAAAGCGCGCCCAUCACCGUGGUGGGCAACAAGUCCGACCUCACCGAGGCCGAGGGGCGAGCGCUGCUGGCGGCCGACGUCAUGUCCACAGUGGAGGGCGAGUGGGACGCGAACUUCGUGGAGGCGUCCGCGCGCACAGGUGGGAACGCGAUGGGGGUGUUCCGCGCGCUGUUGCAGCAGGUGGAUGUUCCGCACCGGCUGAGCCCCGCGCUGAACCGGCGAAGAGACUUGCUGCCCCGGCCCGUGGUGAAGAAGAGGCCCCCGCUGAGGAAGAGCAACAGCUGCGUGCUGUCGUAG